GACCGAAAACAUACUGCGCACUCAUUUCACCGCGAAUAACGGCCCAAAAAGGGAAAAUGGAAAAAGCGACCUGAGAUUAUUAUCUACCCCUCAACUAUGGUGCGUGACAGAGAAGAAGAGCCAACUGGGGGAACGACCGCCAGCCGCGACGUUGAAAUGGCAGAAGCAACGGCGGGAAUGGGGGAUGCUUGCACAGCCGGUCCCGACGCAUCCGGGUCCACGUUUUCAAGGAAAGCGGAAGAUGCCGGCGCGCAUUCCUCUACCGUCGCCGCCGUCGACGACGUGGAGCCUAAAGACCGAGGCAUGAUGGUUGAUCGCUUCUCUGGCGAUGACGAACUACUGGCGGACUUGCCAGAAAGGCCCGUGCCAAUGAUAGACCGCUGCUACACACAUUUCUUCGCAAUCGUUCUCCUGAUGACGAUGAUUGUACACGUGUGCAUGCGCCAGGUGACGCAGACAAUCACGAAUCUGGUCAAGGGAAAGAACCAGGUGACAGAAAAGGUCAAAGAAGAGAAAAAAGAAAAGCCAGAGAAACUAAUGGGAGACGUAAUGAAGUCUCUCAAGAUAGAGAUAAAGGAAACAAAAGAGAAGAAGAGGGAGCCUUCGAGUUCGCCGAAGUCUCCCGGAGGAAGCAAAGUCACCACCGCACAACCUGAGAAACCGAAAAAGAAGGAGAAAGUCAAAAUGAAAUUGUCUGUCACAUUCUGCAACAGAAAAGAUGAUAAUUUAUUGUUGUGGAUUGCCGAAAUACAGACGUAUUGUAGUACGGCCCUUGUUGACCCCGAAUCCCAGGUUGCUUUCUCUACUUCUUGUCUUGGCGGGGAAGCAAAGGAACGGGUUUUGGCCGAAGCCAAUGCGGCGGGGUUUGAUGACAUUGGGGAGUGGGUUGGAACAUUGAACUUGAAGCAGUUCCUUAGCAAGAUUAAGGAACGCUUCUUGGACAAAACGACGACCGAUAAGGCUUUUGAUCAGCGCACCACAAUUGGUCAGAAACAUGGGACCUCUGUGGAAUCGUUUUUUAGGGAAGUUGAUCGGUUACUACAGGUUCGUGGACUGAACCUGCAAGACAACCAAGUCUUGUAUAUCUAUUCCCGCGCUCUGCCCGAGCCCAUUCGUGGACAACUCGUGGCAGAGUCGAAGUCCGACAAAUAUAAUUAUAGGCAGUUUCGGGAUAUGGCUCUCCAACGAGAGCAAAUGACAUCUCAGGUGAAGAAUUCAUAUGCGUCCGUUGUGAAGUUUGGUGGUGGUGCAGGUGUAGGAAAGCGGAUACUUUGGCGCCAAAAGCGCCAGGACCACACCCUCGUCGUCUUUGACGACGAUAUUGUGGAAAAGUGGUCAUUGAAGGCCGAGGGUGUGGCAAGCAGCAGUGAUUCAGGGAAGGGGGAAGUCACUGCUGCCGUGGUGAACAAGGGAGGACCACGGCCUCCAGUAAUGAAGAAGAAAAAACCACGCUCGUUCUUAGAGUAUCCCGGAAUUGUGGCCGCGAAGCCAUGGGAAAAGAUGGGAAUAUCACAGGAAAUUUGGCGAGAAUGGAUGGAUAACGUGUAGUGCCUGAAGUGUGGUACAACAGGGCAUGUGAUUGCAUGGUGCCCGUUAAUCCGUAACCCAAAAG